AUGGAGAAAGUUCUUAGAUCGUUAGAUCCAAAAUUCGAGCAUAUUGUCACCGUCAUCGAGGAGACAAAAGAUCUGGAGUCUAUGACUAUAGAGCAACUUCUUGGGUCAUUACAAACUUGUGAAGAAAAGAAGAAGAAGAAGGAAGAUAUUGCAGAACAAGUACUCAAGAUGUGUAUUGUUCAUGAUAAAGAAGAAGGUGAUAGAAGCCAUCCAAGACGAGGAGGCAGUCAAGCCCGAGGACGAGGUCAUGGAUAUGGAAACGGACGAGGUUGGAGACCAAAUGAAGACCGCACCAACCAAAGAGGAGAAAAUUCAUCAAGAGGCCGUGGAAGAGGAAGUCCAAAAUCAACGUACGAUAAGUCAAGCAUCAAAUGCUACAAUUGUGGAAAGUUUGGACAUUAUGCUUCUGAAUGUAGAGCUCCAAACAACAAUAGAGUUGAAGAGAAGUCCAAUUAA